AAUUUUUCGAGCAAUAAAAGACGAAUAUCUAAUAUUUCCUUUGUCUCAAAGUCUUUUAUUCCUUAAAAUCUGAUUAAUACGUAAAAGAUGGAUCAGGAGAUUAGUUGGCUGAAAGAAAAAUAUGUUGAUUUGGGUGAAGAGGUUUUGACGGGAAAGGUUUGCAAGAGUUUACUGAAUGGACUCAAGUGGACUGGUCAGAUUUCAGAUGUUGGAGAAAAGCUGUUUCAAAAUGUUAGAGAUUACCUUGACUCCUCAGAUGAUGUGUAUGCUGGUGAGAGGGAUGUUCUUUCUGUUGCCAUUGCAUGCCUUCAGAUGUUUGUUCAGAAUAAUUGGACCGGGCCUCCGAGUGAGAAGAAUCCUCUUGGAUUUUUGCCUGAUGACUUCAUUGCAACAUCUCAGGUUUCUAAUUUCAACGAUGGGAUAGAGAGUGAACUUGGUAUGGAUGGAGAAUGCAUCUAUAAUCUCACAAGGUACCCCCUCUACCUGUACAUUGCCGAGAUGAUUUUGUCAGCUGGUCUUCAGUGUUUCAAACACUGCCAGACACACGAGUGGUGGAUAAUGAGAUGUGCCCAGCUUCAUCAGAGCUUGCUACAAGUGAGGUCUCCACUCUUGAAAGCACAGUUUAUGGAUCUGAGGACAAAAGUGUUAAAGUUAGAGCCAGAGUUACUGAAAUUCAGCCUAUCAGUAGCUGUUGAAUUUCAUAUUGAAGCAGCACAUCAAUGCCUGUUCUAUUUUGAAUAUGCAAAGGCGAGGGAACAUUUAGCAAGAGCGGCUGAGUUGGCUGGGUUAGAGAUUGAUCUUACAGGCGCUCCCGGAAAGCGGACAAAAUUUCAAGAGAAGAGUUUGGCGCAACUCGUUGUUAGAACGACGAGAAGGAAAUGUGAUAGAGACACUGCCCCUGAGGAGCAGACCAAGCCAAGAUCAUUACCUAAAGACAUUCCCCUUGACAACGAUGUGCUGUUACCUAUGAUGAAAAUUGAAGAAGGCCAUGAAGUACCACAGGAAAAGUUAAAGGAUUAUGAGCAGAGCUUGAUGCUUGCUAUAUGCCUCGAGCACAAGAAAAUGCAGGCAGGCAGUGAGUUACUUGAUGACGAGAUGAAUGCAUAUCUUGAUUACAUCUUAUCGAAUGCACAGAGCUGGCCUGUUACCGGACAUGCAUUGUUUAUGAGAAGUAUUCUACAAAAGACAUCCUUCAAACGAAUACUAAGGACAUUAGCUCAGGUUGAGGAACUAGUUGCUCAAUUCCGAGCAGACGACACCAAUCCUUUAGAACGUCAGCACAUGUUCUUCUCAUCCGCCUUGCCGACAUCUUGGUAUACAGAGAGAGAACUCGGUUAUGUUCAAGUGAGUGUAGGAUCGACAAAGACAGCCCUUGAGUUGUUCCUGCGUCUGCAGCUGUGGAGCAGUGUGAUCGAAUGCUAUCAGGUGCUCGGUAGGAGAGAAAAGGCAGAAAAGGUUAUUCGAGAGCAGCUCGCCAUCAAAGAGACUGCCGACUUGUAUUGCUACCUCGGAGAUGUCACGCAUGAUCUGCAGCACUACGAGAAGGCGUGGGAGAUGUCGAAGAGGAGAAGUAGCAGAGCACAGAAGCACUGGGGCUUACAUCUCUUCUCGGAGGGAAAGACGAAAGAAGCCAUAGAUCAUUUAGAGCAAUGUCUAAAUCUCAAUCCACUGCAGGAAGAGCUGUGGUUCACCUAUGGAUGUGCCUGUAUGGGAGAAGGGGAGUUGAAGAAGGCCAUAGCUGGGUUCAGACGAUCGGUCGGCAUUGAGCCGGAUAGCUUUCAAUCAUGGAACAAUUUGGCUGCCUGUCUCAUCAAGGAUGACCAAAAAGUAGCUGCAUUUAGGAUAUUGGGUGAGGCUAUCAAGUGCAAGUUUGACAGCUGGAGAUUGUGGGAGAACUAUCUGUUGAUCGGUAUUGACAUCGGAAACUUUGAGCAAGGUAUUCGAGCGUAUAGCAAAAUGUUGGAUCUCAAGGAUCGAUACACAGAUAUUCAGCUGCUGACAAUCCUUGUGAGGGCUGUGAAUGAGGACAUACCAAACGUUGAAGACAAACCAUCUGCUCCUCUGCGGCCAAAACUGCUGGAACUCUUUGGAAAGAUUACUUCCAAGGUGACCAGUGAUGCAGGUGUCUGGCAGCAAUACGCCAAGCUGAUAGGUCAUGAAGACACAGAAGAGAACAAUGUCAGGGUGAUACAGUAUUUACAGAAGGCCCUCAGGUGCAUGAUUCAAACGGAUGAAUGGCUGAAAGAUAUAGAGAAAAGUAAAAAUGUCGCCCAAGAAGCAGCUUCAAUAGCAGAUGCCUAUCUGGAGUUUGCCCAGAAGUCAUCAAACACUGCCCAAGUGUUCCAGUUCCUAUGUUCUGCCCGACUAUCAUUAAACAGCGUGGAGACUCAGCUCAGGCAAAAGCACCGUGAUACUUUGGGAGAGUUGUUACCGGAGAUUGUGGAAUCGUGCGAUACAGUGACGUCAAAGCUUAACACAAUCAUUGAGAAGAUCGAUGAACUAAACUCAUGACACUGAUACUGUUUCUUCUUGAUAAGAGAAAUUCAUGUGCUUAGGGCUUUGCCCUAAUACUUGAGCUAUUCUGUUAAAAGUAGAUCCUUUUGACAAAGUAGGUCGCAUAUUGGGUCUUUGCACCUUUUCUAAAACAUCUUGAUGUGAAUAUGAAAAUGCUACUAAUAAUAAUGCUUCAAAUGUAACCUGGGGACUUAUAUUGUCCUGAAAUCUAAUAUUGGGGGAACACCUGAUGAGUACAGGGAAGCAGUCAAAAACGUCGCACUGGCCAAGAUGAUAAAUCAGUGUAAUCGGUCAUUGGCGAGGUCAUAUAUUCUGGACAGAAUCCCAGGUCCAGAAAGAUGUCCUUCGUUCAAAGACCAUGGAGGAUAACACAACCACACUGGUCCUAUGUAAACUGUCAGACGUAGCUUAAUGAUCUUCAGUUGGGUCCUUAUGUACCUAAGCAAAUGCCUGGACAACGGCCUCGAUGAGUUUAUUCCUAAUAUCUGGUCAGCUACAUUGUGUACCUAGGACCAUUGUGACAAUGACAAGCACAGCCUUCUCUUGAGGACAAGCAAGAUCAAUCCGAGUGCUUGUUUUUAAGGACAACUCUAGCACAACCAUGAUUUGAGGACAAAUGGGUGUAGUAGC